AUGGCUCAAAAAAUAGCCAAAGACAAUUUCCGAAGUGUCUUCAAAACGAUAGACAAAGACGUGGUCCGAUGGUUCCCAGGACACAUGGGAAAGGGGCUCAAGCAAAUGCAACUGAAACUACGUUCGGUCGAUUGUAUUAUUGAAGUCCACGACGCCAGAAUUCCGAUUUCCGGUAGAAACACGGAUUUCAAAUACACCGUAAGCGGCGUCAAGCCCCAUAUUUUAGUACUAAACAAAGCCGAUCUUAUACCGAAGAAACUGCAAACACCUAUUAUGGACAAAUUGAAAUCUGACUAUAAGCAUGUGAUAUUUACAAAUUGUAAAGAUCAUCAGUGUGGGGGAGUCAAAAAAUUGUUUCCCUUAACACAAGAUUUGAUUAACGACUCGAAUAGGUACAACAGGCAAGACGAAGAAGAUUUUAAUCUCAUGAUAAUUGGGGUACCAAAUGUAGGCAAAUCGUCACUGAUAAAUGCUCUUAGAGCGAGACAUUUGCGUAAAGGUAAAGCCUCCAGUGUAGGAGCUAAACCUGGCAUGACCAGAAGCGUUUUACACAAAAUUAAAAUGUGCGAUAAUCCUUUAUUUUAUAUGCUAGACACUCCUGGGAUUCUGACUCCAAAUAUAACUGACGUAGAAGUUGGAUUAAAACUUGCUUUAUGUGCAACAAUUCAAGACCACUUUGUAGGGGAAACAAUUAUCGCUGAUUAUCUUCUGUUUUGGCUCAACACUCAUAAUCAUUUCGAGUAUGUUAAAUAUUUCCAAAUGGAUAAACCUUGCGAUGAUAUUUUACAACUACUUGCUCACAUUUGCAAAAUUCAUAAAAAGAUAUUGCGGAUAAGGACUCCUUUGAAUGAAUAUGUAGUGAAGCCUCAUUUGGAUGCUGGAGCACAAAUUUUGUUGAAAGCUUUUAGAGAUGCUUCGUUAGGGAAAUAUAUGUUGGAUGAAAGUUUAUUGUAG